GCGGUACCUCGGCGUGACGCAAGUCAAGUAGCCUAUAAAUUCAAUGACCUGCGCAAUUUUAUCAAUAAAAUAAUAAAAUAGAGCUAGCUUGACCGGGAGACAAGCUGAAGGAGAAUAAGACCAACACUUGAAUAACUCUACAGAGUAUUAUUUUUAUUCUUCACUGUGUUUGCUGUGAGUGUCACUUCAACUGGGACUUGGAGCAGAAGUCUCAAGAACACGACUCAAAAUGAAAUACGUUAUAGGAAUUGGCGGUGUGACCAAUGGUGGGAAAACAACUUUGACGAAUAGACUGAUCAAGUCAUUGCCUAACUGUUGUGUGGUGCAUCAAGAUGACUUUUUCAGGAAACCUGAUCAUAUAGAAGUCGGGGCGGACGGCUUUAGACAGUGGGAUGUGAUCACAGCAUUGGACAUGGAUGCCAUGGCGAAUACAAUACGAGGAUGGGCUGAGAACCCAAUGAAGUUUGCCUGCUCCCACGGUGUCAAUGUGUCUCCUGCCACGGAGGUGGCUGACCCAGAUCAACUGGUCCACAUUCUGAUCGUGGAGGGCUUCCUUCUGUACAAUUAUAAGUCCCUGAUGGAUGUGUACAACAAGUGCUACUACAUCUCCAUUCCAUAUGAAGAGUGCAAAAGGAGGAGGAGUACAAGACAAUACACCGUCCCAGACCCUCCUGGGCUGUUUGAUGGCCAUGUGUGGCCCAUGUACUUAAAGCACAGGAAAGAGAUGGUGGAAAGCGGUUUGGCCAUCGCGUAUUUGGAUGGUUUGAAAUCUGAAGAGCUCUACAGCCAGGUCUAUGAGGACAUCCAGAAUACACUGUUGAAUCGUUUAUAGCAGGAACUUGCUCUCCAAACCUGUAAAUAGCUCCAAGACUGAAGACUCAUUGUUUUAUACUUUUUUACGUUUUUCUCAUUGUAUUCCUUGUAAAUAGUAUUUGUAAGAUGUACUUUCCAAGAUCUCAUUAAUCUCCAAUUAAAUUGGGUUGUCACUAUUCCAAGUGAUAAUGUUA